GAUGAAGUUGAACGCGGAAAUAGAGUUGGAUCUGUACUGCGCUGUGCGAUACGUGAACCAUGGCAGCUCCAAGUAGAAAACAAGUGCUUAAAUUUCUAUGUCAAUUUGGGGCGUUUAUAUUAACCCGGUUCGGGUUCUGGAACUGCUUCAGUAUGUUAAUGCUCUUUGCCGAGCGGGCUGAUGCGAAAAGAAAGCCUGACAUCCAGGUGCCGUACCUGUACGUGGACAUGGGGGCGGCGGUGCUCUGUGCCAGCUUCAUGUCCUUCGGGGUGAAGCGGAGGUGGUUCGCCCUGGCCGCCGCCAUGCAGCUGGCCGUCAGCACCUAUGCGUCUUACAUCGGAGAGCAGGUGCACUACGGCGACUGGCUCAAGGUACGGAUGUACUCCAGAUCCCUGGCCAUCGUCGGGGGCUUCCUGGUCCUGGCGAGUGGUGCGGGGGAGGUGUACCGGCAGAAGCACCGCACGCGGUCCCUGCAGUCCACGGGACAGGUCUUCAUCGGGGUCUACCUCAUCUGUAUGGUGUACUCGCUCCAGCACAGCAAGGAGGACCGGCAGGUCUUCCUGAGCCACAUCCCGGGCGGCGAGGUGACCCUGAUGCUGAUGGUGCUGCUCUUCGGAGUGCUGGCCCUGGCCUUCCUCUCGGGCUGGUACAUCCGGCUGGCGGCGCAGGUCCUGGCCACUGUCCUGCCCCUCGUCAUCCUCUUCAUCGACGGCAACAUGGGCUACUGGCACCACACGCGCAAGGUGGAGUUCUGGAACCAGAUGAAGCUGAUCGGCCACAACGUGGGGAUCUUUGGCGCCGUGCUCAUCCUGGCCACCGACGGAUGAGUCGACCUUUCCUCUGGUUGUUUAGGGGGAUGGUGUUCUUUUUGCCGCGAUGACAGCCCGACAGAGACACGCGAAGAACCUGCUCACGGGAUGGGGUGGAACUGUUUGCUUUUUUGUUUUGUGAGGCCGUCCGUCUUUAAGCUCGAGCUACCCUUCUGUCGACGGUCAAUAAGAAUUCACACACACACACACACACACACACACACACACACACACACACACACACACACACACACACACACACACACACACACACACACACACACUCACUAGCAUUUGCAGCGUGGCGGUGUUGGGUUGCUUGCAGUGUACGCCACAGUCUCUUGCCUGUUGCUGUUCCAAGGAACCAAAAAUUGUCCAUCCUCAUUUUUUUAUGGGAUUUAUUUAUUUGAAUUUUAUAAGUUAUAAAGUCACGUUUACAGUAGGUCUUUUUUUACGGUCGUACUCUGAGUCCUGAUGAAAUGAGCUUUAACGAUGUUAUGAUAACUUACUGUUAUGGUGUUGGAUUGGGACCACAGAGGGAAAGGUUUAAAUCCAUGUGGGGAAUUUUCUAUGAAAGAGGAAGGCUGCAGUACAAAACCAUAUAGCAUUGAACUGUAUUGUGUUGCUUUUGUAAAUGUCAUUGUAAACAUGUUUCUCAUGAAUGUAUCUUUCAUUCAAUUUAAUAAACUUGCCCAGCUUUUGUAAUAUGUGGUUGCAUUUUCUUUUUAAAAUAUCAUGAAACUUUUUCUAGCAGCUGCUCGGCUACAAUAAUGUACUGUAUCAUGUACGGUAAGGCGAAAAUCUCUAGAAG